AUGAGUUACAUCAAUGCUUAUGUGCAUGCCACUUCUGUGGGGUUGGAAGUGUCCGAAUACGCGCGCUAUCACCGCAACCGCGUCGACUACAUUGAUGAGAAAAGAGCUGUCGAAAUGGGCUAUAUCGGGAUACCGGCUCCAUUUUGUGCGCAGCGCAUACCAUACCUGGAUGCGUUCCCGCUAUUUCAAGAGCUGCCUGUCGAGCUGCGGAGCUUGAUCUGGGGAUGGCUUGCAUACACUGAAGAGCCAAGAAUUGUUACGAUGUCAUGGGCCAUCUACGACUCGGUGCUUCCAAACUAUGUGCUUCUCCCCGAGAAAAACAGGCCGGUGCUGGUACGACAGAUCUGCCGAGAGACCCGGAACAAUGUCACGUCCUACGGAUAUGUCACCUUUCCUAACCCUGUCAUCCAAGGCAAUGAUGUUGUUGUUCACUCAGACCUUGACAUGCUGUACCUUACUUGGCCGGAGCAUUGCACAACACCUUUCAGCAUGGACCCAGAGACGCUCACGGCGGCUCUCGAAGCGGGUAGAGCACUUUCAAGGCUUCGGUCUGUCGCCUUCUGCGCAACUGCAACGCCGCUCAAGGGAUACUUGGACGUGCUACGGAAGAUUACCAAGCUAGAGCUGGUAGUUCUGGUCGCAGCCCGCGUGCCAAGGAAUCCGGAUCGAGAGGACGGCAAAUUCGUCUUGAAAUCCUUCGACAGCAAACUUCUGGGUUUCUUUAACGAAAUCUCCCUUCCUGAACUAGACGAAUACGGGGACUUUGAUUAUGAUUGCGUGGAAUUCGCUUCUUGUUCAUGGCAUCUGAACCCGCGUAAAGUCUAUUCGGUAUUUAAAUUCCAAGGGUUGCUAGAGAGAAGGGACGUGGAUGGACAGGGUCGUAUGGCACCAGAGGUUGUCAUUGUCGACGAGAACGUUACUUCGGACGGCCAGGAAAUCAGAGACCACUAUGAGUACGAGGUCCAUCAUCAGAAUACCUUCAGAACUUGGACAGAUCUAUACAGAACUCGUCGCAAAUACAGGCCGAUUCACGUCGAUACCGAGAAUCGGAUGUCCAGAGAGGAGCUUAUCGUGGGACACUUGGGGUGCUGCAGAGCUCGGUAUGACGAGCCUCCAGAGAAACUCCGAAUUUGGUUUUCGCCGGUUUACGACCUGGACUUGUUCGCCGAGUAG